UCACAGUCUAACGAUUCUUCAGCCAUAUGGUUAUUUCAAACCUAUUUUCGCCGAUAAAUAUAUAUUCAAUCUUUACUUAAGGUUGUAUGUACAACAAAUGUGUGUGAACGUGCAUGAUAUAAGAAAAGAGUAAGGAGAUCUUGCCCCGCAAAGGCUCCCUAAAAACUCCUUGUGAACAGCACUGAUUUAGCACGAUAUUAUACAGCCAACUUCAUUUGAGAAUUUAUGUUCACUGGUUGAGAAAGUAUAAAAAGUUCAGCUUUGAAAGUAAAAUGUCAAAAGCACAUAGUCCUAUUUUUAAUGGAGAGGCUGACAAUUUUUAUGACCCAAAUUUUACUUUGGACAUUAAUAAGAAGAUGCGAGUUCCAAAAAGUAUACGUGUGAGCGGAGAUUAUACGGAUGAAGAAGUACCUGGUACAAAUGGCUCUAGUUGGAAUCAAGUGAUGCCAGCAGAAAAAUUUGAAAUGCAUGUUCCAGAUAGAAUUUUAGUUGUUGGACAAGAGCAACAUGUAGGAACUAAAGCACCUCCAAGAGAAAUUGCACUAGAAAAUGCUGUAUUGCCAUCUGAACCAGGAUUAAUUAGAGUACAGACUCCUCCAAGAAUCUUGACAUUAGAUAAUCAUUAUUUCCCUGCUGUUGACGAAGAAGAACCAACUUCAUAUUUACCAGAAGCUAAGGAUCCUGUAUCCUCUAGAUCUCAUGGACAAUAUCCUGCAGAAACACAAAUAGUUAGACAUGUGAGAGAACAAACUCCAUCUUAUAAUGCACUUGAUGUUUCUCUUCCACCUAGUGAAGAAAUACAACAUUUACGUCGACAAGUAGGAAAAUUAAAUCGUCGUGUAAUGGCUAUUGAGCUUGAUAUGUUACAACGUCAACAAAGAGAAAAAAUUUUAUAUGCUUUAACAUUGACAUACUUAAUUCUUAAAGCUUUUUCAUGGUUAACAAGAAAUUGAAUUUGCAUUAAGCAAAUGUAAAAAGUUUACAUCUUGUGUG